AUGUCGGACAGCGAAGACUACAGCGAGCCUGAUGCCAUGAUCAUCGAUGGCGACGACGUGAGCAACUACAACCCUGACAACAUCCUGCCAAAGUCGGCCGAGGAGAUUAGAAGUAUCCGAAAAUGGCUUGAGCCGACAUCGUACACCAUCUCUGGCGGUGAAUUCCGCAAACACCUUGCUUCCCACGCGCAGGGGACCGGGCAAUGGCUAACCUCCACGGAGGAAUACGAGCAGUGGCUUCGGGGGGAUGAAUGUGGCCUGCUCUGGAUCAAAGGCAUCCCAGGAUCUGGAAAGUCCGUCCACGUUGCCAAGUUGAUAGACGACUUGGGAAAGACAAAUCCUAGUUGCCCGGUGCUGUUCUUCUUUUUCCGACAGAUUAUUGCUGCCAACCACAGCCCGCAGGCUCUCGUUCGGGACUGGAUGGAUCAGAUCUUGAAGUACAGUCCGCCGCUACAGCAUCAGCUCUUGACGUACGUGAACAAUGAAGUGCCGCUGAGUUCUUUGUCGACCAGCGAUCUGCUGAAGGAUCUGCAGAUGGCUUUCCGAGCUCUGCCUGACAAGGUCUUCUGCAUUGCCGACGCGCUCGAUGAGAUGGAUACGGGGAAUGAUGCCUUCAUUCAGGCCAUCGGGUCACUUGGCCAGUGGCGACCUGCCAAGGUCAAGGUCCUAAUCACGAGCAGGCCUGUUCCGCGAGUCGAGGCGCCCCUCCACCAUACACCGGCCCUCCAUAUCCGGCUCGAGGAGCGACUUGUUGAUGUUGACAUAUCGACCUACGUGCAUUCCGUUCUGUCAGAAUCACAUAUUCCUCGGAGUGAAUGGGGUGUCAUUAUAAAUGCUGUACCCGGCCGAGCGAACGGUCUCUUUCUGUACGCAAAGCUGGCGAUGGAGGCUUUUCUUGAGUCAGGCGGCGAUGUUGAGACCGUGCUGGCACGCCUCCCUGCAGAUCUCAAUACGCUCUACACCGACCUGCUGCAGGAACAUGCCAGGCGAUCUGGUAUAACGCCGAGCGUCCAGAACCUCAUUCUCCAGUCCGUCACGCAUGCAACGAAGCCGCUCCGACUGCUCGAGCUCGCCGAGAUGUGCCGGGUUAUCGACCCCGCCGGUUCGGGCAAGGACUUGAGGGUUAUGAAGAACCUUGUUAGGGCGGCCUGUGGACCGCUGCUGGAGAUCCUGCCGGACGAGACUGUAUCUGUUGUUCACCACUCCUUCACCGAGUAUCUCAAAGGCGCGACGCGAUAUGAAGAUGAGGGCGGCUACCCGGUGCUGCGGCCGGGUCCGUCCCACGCCCAGCUUGCUCUAUCGUGCCUGCAGUAUUUACUCUCGACUCGCUGCCUUGAUGAAGUUGAGAUCAGCAUUGAUGAAAAUGACGAAACGGAAGGCAUUGGUGACGAGCCCACCAGUAAGCUGUCUAGGAUCCCGGAGGAUAUACUCCAGCUCCGUAUGAAAUACCCAUUCUUUGCGUAUGCCACUCGCAACUGGUACGUUCAUAUCCAAAACUCCGAGGCAGCUUCCCACGCGCAAAACGAGAUCAACGAGGUUCUCGACCAGUUCUUCAGCGUCGAUAAGACGGUCAAGGCGUGGCUCGAGGUGAUCUGGCCAGGAUACACAUCAGACGCACGCAGGUUCUCGGGCCUGCACGUCGCGGGAAGAUAUGGGCUUGUGGCAUACACGAAGAGGCUCGCGGCGGAAAGGACUGGCGGCGUGGACGCAUGUGAUAUUUGCGGAAAGACACCACUAUGGUGGGCUGCUUCGGAAGGGCAUGCUGCCACGGUUAGCGAGCUGAUCGCGGCAGGGGCUGACCCGGGCCAUGAGCGAAAGUAUAACGGACGGCAGCCAGUGCACGAAGCUGCUAGUAAGAAUCAUCACGCGGUUGUCAAGGUCCUGCUGGAGGCUGGCGUCGACCCCCUGACACGCAUUGGUCUUACCGAACAUGAGAAGGCCAUGGAUUAUACCCCCGGCAGCCAGAGACCAGCUCUCACACUUGCAUGCGAGCACGGACAUAUGGAGGCCGUGGAUGCGUUCCUGCCGUUUCUCGAUCUCGACGCGAUGCACCGUGGCCUGUCUUGGGCUGCACAGAAUGGACAGGCAGCAGUGGUCAGGCUCAUGUUGUCGCAGCCUGGCGUGGAGGUCGACACUGUGGUCCGAGGCAGCACGGCCCUGUUCAAGGCUUGCUCGAAGAGAGAUUUGACUACCGUGAAGGCAUUGCUCGAAGCUGGAGCCGACCCAACAUUGUUGAAUGAGGUUUGGCAAGGUGAGUUCGGGUCGCUCAGGAGAAAAGACAUAUUGAAGUCGGACGGCUCCCACGCCCUAUUUACUUGUCUCCAUGCGCUUUGCGGCGGCGUGCCGGAUCAGCCCAUCUCCAGCUAUGACUGGGAUGACGAAGAUUGCUGCGAGAUGACCACGCUUCUCAUCGAGGCUGGCGCUGACAUUCACCGCCAGACGGAGAAUGGAAAGACUGUGCUGCAUUCUAUCGUCGAGGGAUCCUAUUACGUAGCGCGGGUGCUUAUCGAUGCCGGAGCGUCGACUAAUGCUGUGGACGCAAAGCUUCAGACACCGCUCUACUACUCUCGAGUCCCGGCUUGCAUCCCUUUGCUAGUGGAAGAAGGCGGCGCCGACAUCGAUGCGCGGGACUUGUAUGGAAACACACCCCUUCUCGCGGCUCUCGUUGAGCACAGCACUGAGGACAAGAUCCUGCUACUCUUGCAGUGCGGCGCGAAUGCCCAGGCUCUCAAUCGAGCCGGCGACAGUGCCCUCCACGUAGCGCUCAAGUCCUACUACGCGACACCGAGAGUUAUCCAAGCGCUGCUUGAAAGUGGUGUUGAGCCAGACGCACGGAAUUCCCAGGACGAGACAGCCCUGAUGUGUUCGUUCAGAUCCCAAGAUGCUGAGAAGAUUUGGGGCCUGUUGUUAGUGGCAGGCGCAGACAUCAACGCGCGAGAUCGGACCGGUCACACCAUCUUCUGGCAUCAGAUCGCACAGACACCGCGGUCGAAUGACGGCCAAGGUGGCAGCCCGCGCGACGAUGUUCAGUUCCUUCUUGAUCACGGAGCCUCCCCUCACAUGCGGGACCUGAGAGGGAGGACGUGUCUGCAUGAGGCUAUCAAGAAGCAGCCAAUGACUUUAUCGGAUGGCAAGGAUACUCCGCGUCUUAACUUCCUGCUAGAAAUCGGCCUCGACUGUACUCUCUCCGAUCACGACGGGAACUCGUUACUCCACGAGCUCGCUGCCAGAGAGAGAGAAAGGGUUAGACAUGGAGGCAAAUGGGUGCUGCCCCUUUGGGAGCGUCUUGUCUGCACUCUUGGGCUGGAUGUUGACCAGCAGAAUCAUAUGGGCCGCACACCGCUUCACAUCAUCUGUGAUGUGUUCCCUGAAGACGCUGAACGAUGGAAUGACGACCCUGGGCCUAUUGACUUCCUCCUCACACGGAUGAAGAACAUCCAUGUCCCAGACCACGCUGGUCUAACGGCCCUGCACAUUGCCUCGACCCGGACAGAAUAUUGCACAUGGAAACUCCUGGGAGCCGGCCUCAAUCCUCGCGCCAUCACCCACGAAGGCCUGGCCCCGCUGCAUCUUGCCGCUCGCGCAGAAAAGAGCAAUAUUGUCGGUAUGCUCGCGCGUUCUCUGCGCAAGUCACCAAAAUGCCGAGGCUUAACCCCCACCACGAGGACCAACACCUUCAACGACAAACACCAGAGCCAAGGUAUCAAUGCAGUUGAUGCAGACGGACUCACACCGCUCUAUUACGCUGUCAGAAGCGGUAGACCUGAGACUGUGAUGAUUCUCCUCAGAGCAGGCGCGGAGUCUAACGCAGGCUGCGAUCUGUUCGAAGCCUGCGGUGAAUUCGAGCAAGAGAAUGCCCUCCUUGAUGCGAAGAGCCAUGUCUACUACGACCCGCUGACUCUGCGGGAAGCCAAGAGAGAACCCUUAGAAGAACGAGUGGUGUUGUCUCCCGCUAAACCCUCCAAUAACGCGCUGUCUACUCAAGACGUCAGGAGGUUGGAGGAGAUUGUGCAGUUGCUGGUGAGCUUUGGGGCUGAUCCGUCCAGGCUCGGACCGACGCGCCAGCCCUCCCCUAGUGCUGGGAUCGUAGGUGACUGCGUAUGGCAAGGCAAGGCGUAUACAGCCAGCUGCCUCAUCGACAAUGUUCCCAAAUCUCUCUGGGUCAAGCCAGGCGAAGUGACCCCUUACUCGGGCUUCCUUUCCAUCAGCGCUGCUUCACAAAGACAGUAUACACUCGUCAAGGAGCUUGCCAAGCGUGGGGCGAGAUUUCUCCCCAAUCCCCGGGAUGAGUUCCAUUUUAGCCAUUUUGCGCUCUUAAUCCAACACGGUUUUUUCCAUCUAGUCAAGAGGAUUGGUAAGAUCGAGGCGGAGCGCGCACUUGGCCAGGGUGACUGGCACGCCUUUGGCGAUAGCUCCAAAGCAGGGUUGUGGUGCGCCCACCGGCCGGCGGACGAAGCGCAAUCGGAGGGAAAGGCCAUGCGUGGAUACAAGUCAGGCUUUGAGAGCAUGCCGAAGCCUUUCCUCCUAGAGGCGGUUCAGCGUGAGCUUCCCAACAUAGCAAUCGUCCGGCUGUUGGUGGAAGAUUUCCGCGUCGACGUGAACGAGAGGACCUGGGGCCAUGAUUACACCGAGCACGAAACGCAUCUCGCAUAUGAUCAAUCGGCGCUUCAUUACGUCGCGGAAGGCUUCCAUUGGUGGCAUGUUCACCUUGCUAUGAAGUAUCUUCUGAAGGUGCCGGAAAUCGACAUCAACUUUCGUGUCAAGGGCGGCCUUACACCUCUCCACGUGGCGGUUGGGGGUAUGACGGUCUUUGGCAAGCUUCGACCCCAUGCUUGCGACGCGGCGAAGCGCCUGCUCAAGGCUGGGGCAGAUAUUCAAGCUGUGACUAGGAUUGGGAGAGGCUGUCUCAGCUUGGCUAUACACGACGUUCAGAUGGUUCGAUUGCUGAUCAAGCAUGGGGCCAUCAUCUCGCCUGACGAUGUUGUCUCGGCCAUCGAAGCUGGUCAAGUCGAUGCUCUCAACGAGCUGUUGAACGCAAGAUAUGCCAACGAUGGAGAGGGUUUGGACUUGGACCUCGACCCAGCGCUGCGCACAGCGGGCAUGCUAUUUAUGAAGCCGAAUCCAGACGACCAGGAUGAUAUCUGGAGACCGACGGUUGACAAUGAGAUUGCCAUUGAGAUGAUCAAGAUCCUCAUCGAACAUGGCGCAAACCCCCUCUCUAACUACAUGUACUGUUCAGGAGAAGGGUUCGACAUCCCAAGACCAAGAUGGCGCCCGCACCUCCACUUCAAGAGGGGCGCGCCGCACACCUGCGCGAAUCCUAGCCAUCGCGAGGUGACCUUACUGCACGAGCUGAUCCGAGUAGUCAGAGAUUUUCAGAUCCAACCGUUCCUCAUUCCCGGGCUUGAUGUCAACUACAGAGAUCCACAAGGACGCACGAUUCUGCAUGUUGCCUGCGGAAGUGUUGACUUGAUUGAGAAACCCCUCGACCUCCCCACGGACUCUGCUACUGCUGGUGACGAGGGAGGGCGAGAAGGACAAACUCUCUUUCAACAUCUAGUAGGCCUUGGAGCUGAUGUUAAUGUACGCGAUCAGCUUGGUCAAAACAUACUCGUCUCUAUGAUCAAAUCUACUAGUUGGUCCAAGCCCUCGCCAAGGUGGAGAGACACGUUGGAGGCCAUUCUCUGCCUGGCUCCUGAGCUGGUACAUGACGCCGACGCACAAGGGGAUACCCCGUUGAUUCAUGCCGUGCGUAUGGCUAUUGGUCCGGCGGCCGACACGGAGACGGCCCGGUGCCUUCUAUCGGCGGGUGCAUCCCCUCUCGUGACAGAUAGCCGCGGCGAGGGUGUGUUGCAUAUCCUGGCAGAGGAUCUUGGCACGGCAGGGCUCCGUGACCUCUUCCGCGACCUCGUCAGCCGCGGAGCCGACAUCAACGGACGCAACACGAUAGGCGAGACGCCGCUCUUCAAAUUCGCCCGCCGAAGCCCGCAGGACUCCGACUAUGCUUUAGACCCGGAUUAUGGCAAGCGAAAAGUCAGGGGCGACGAGUACGAGGACCCGCGGGAGCAGGGGGCCGUAGCGCUACUGCAGGAGCUGGGGGCCGACUUCUUCGCCAGGGACAACGAGGGAAGGGGGCUGCUACACAUCGCAGCGGCGAAGGGCGGUGACGUGGUUCGGUUCCAGGAGCUGAUGGCCGUAGGGCUGGAUCCGAUGAUGGAGAACGAUGUGCAGCAGACGGCGAUUGAUGCGGCGGCGGCUUUCUCGAACAAUGCUGUCCUAGAGAUAUUUAAAAAGAAGGCAAGGAGGUAG